AUGCAGCUGAGAGGUGACAUACUGGUAUCCUGCAAUGCGGAUAGCGAUGUUCGGGUAUGGAAUAUACGGGACGGUUCGUGUAUGUAUCGCCUUCAUGGUCCAAAUGGGCAUACUUCAGCUAUCACUUCUCUCCAGUUUCUGGACAACGGCAUUGUAGUUACUAGUGGUGAUGAUGGAGCCGUAAAAUUAUGGGACGUUGUAAAAGGAGAAUUUGUUCGCGAUCUUGUUCGCCUAUCGUCGGGAGGAAGUGGUGGAUGCAUUUGGCGUCUGAAGGCGACCAGCAAUCUAUUAGCAUGUGCGGCUGGUUCUCGAAACGGCACUGAGGAUACGAAAAUUAUACUACUGGAUUUUGACGCUGGAUAUCCAUAA